CUGUGACUUGCUAUUUUUUGUAAAAAUAUUCAGCUCGCCCUUGUCACUUCUACUGCUAUUAGUACUUUAACAAAUCAAGUAGCUGAUCAUGUCGACCCCAUUCCGUCAGGGCCUUAAUAAAGUAUAUUUCCCCAACAUCAUUUUCAAAAUGGUUAGAUCCAAAAAUCUUCAGCCUAACCAAGUUGCCUUCCAAGUGCCACCCAGCUGCAAUAAAUUCGACAUUCACUCAUAUUUGACAAAUAUUUACAAUGUCAACAUUCAAGAAGUGCGUACGAUGAAUUAUCCAACCACUUACAAAAGAGGUCCUGGAGGAACAAAAUUAGUAGCCCAAGCAGCAUAUAAGAAAGCUAUUGUCACCCUUGAUGAAGAAUUUGUUUGGCCAGAAGUGCCUGAGUGGUGCAAUGUUGAAAAGGAUGCAACUGAAAUAAGCCAUAAAUUAGCAAGACGUAAAAUAAAGGGAUGGCGUAUUAGACCAAGUGAAGAAGAAAGAGAAAAGAGAAAGGAAGUUGAAGCAAAGAGACUAGAAGAUGCAAAGAAAUAAACAUUUCUUUAAUAAUAAAUGAUUUUUUAUUUUUAUGAUUUUAAACAAUAGAAAAAAUAAA